AAAUACAACAUAAACCAAAUUAACAGCAUAAAAUAAAAAAUAAAUAAUAAAUAAAUAUAAUUAAAAAGAAUGAAUUUCUAUCUGUACUCAGAGAUCUAAAUUAAAGUGGGUGGCAUCAAUAUAUAAAUAACCCCAACUAAAAUUAUUCAUAAAUUAAAGGGUAGACACAGUCCAGGUAAACUGACAAACAAUUCAAAAGUUUGUGAAUUAACAGAUUUUUUUUUUCUUUGUCAACACAACCAAAUUGAACGGGAUAAUAACAUCGAAGUAAUCGAAUAAUCUGAUCUUUUACUUAUGUGACCCACACAGAGUCUGCGCUUUUGGUUUUGCCCCCUCGUGGGUGCCGUCCAGCGACCGUGACGUCACGUCAGGAGGAGCGAUCCGACCGUUGGACCCGCGUUUUCAGACCCUGCGGUACCGCUUUACAGAAGAAGACAAAAUAAAUGGAUUCCUCGCUUGAAAAUGUACCUUCUACAUCGCAGUCCACCCCCAAGGACGACACACAGAUGUCAGAAGACGCAGGCUUGAACUUGUCAAUCGAGAAGUCUUCAAACAUAACAUUCUGUGAGGCUCCAGAGAAAAAGGGCAUGGAAGAUAUCAGACAUCAAGGGCAAGAACUGGUGGAAAACAUCAACCGGAGCCGCAAUGCUGAUCAGACAUUUAUGGACGAUUAUCAGGAGAAAUUCGUUGAAAAGGUGACCGAAAUGUGUCAACGGAUGAAGGGGCAUAUGUACAUGGUUUAUGAGCAGAACAGUGAUGAGAUGCAGGUGAGGCUGCAGGAGCUGUCCAAGGUGCUGGAGAACUGCUCUAGACUCCAAAAUGAGCUGCUGGAGGCUUCCCAAGCGCUGGCCCGGCUCAGAGAAGACCUGACCACGAGUCACAAGUCAGAAUAAUUAUUGUUUUAUUUUCUUUGGUUAACUUGUUCUAAGUGAACAAGCUGUUCAUUUGUUUAUCUGACCUUUGGUUCGGUUCAGAAUUCUCAUAUUAUUUUAUGUUAAUUUUAUUUUUAAAUAUUUUCCUUUAGUGUGCGCUGAUAUUGAUGCAUUUUGAUAACUGUAGCCAAAUGAGUUACAAAAAUAUAAUCUCAAUAAAGUAAUUAAUUUUCAUGGAUGAACAAACUUAA